GUUUCUGUUUUUAUUGCCUUUGAAGAUAAGCGUGAGAUUUGUUGAAAAAUAUGCGUGCUAAGAACGGUCGACUGUGGGCAACUUUGCGAGAUGGUCAAUUCGAGGUGCGUAGCGUAACGUUGGAGGAUUUGGAAGCAGCGUUAGAUGUGCUGGAUGGCUCGUUUUUCUUGAAUGAAUCGGUGAGCAUUGCUUGUAAAAUAAAUUUGCCAGAGAAUGUUCAAGCGCGUAAGGAGCUUCGUGAGCUUUGCAAAAUAACAGCACAAGAUGGCGUGUCCUUGUUGGUGCGUCAUGUGCCCACUGGGCGUAUUGUGGCUGUAGCUUUCAACAAAAUCCAGUACAUCCCAUCAGCCGGCGAGGAGCAUUUCUUUCUCAAAUUUCGCAAAGAGAGCACCAAAAGUCCUCAGGCGCAACGAUUAAUGGAUUUUAUGAUCGAAGUUGAUGAAAAGAUCGAUGUCUUUGCCAUGUAUAAGAUGGAUUGCUUGUGCGAAUUAAUGUUUUUGGCUACCUUGCCCUCCUAUGAGAGAUUGGGCUUGGGCACUACUUUGGCCAAAUACACCGUCGAGUUGACUCGCGAAUUGUCUAAAGGGGUAGGUUUGGAGGAUAUCGCCCCCGAAUUGCGUGACAAACGUCCCGCCGCCGUGACUGCGCUUUGGACCUCCAGUUUCUCGCAGAGAGUAGGGAAGCGAAAUGGUUUUAAGGUACUGAACACGGUUCCCUACAAGGACUUAACAUUUGAUGGCAAGCGCUUUGAUGAGCGCAUCAGCCCUUUCCAUAAAUUUUGCGAACAUGUCAUAUAUACUUGGCCCAAUAACUAAUUGCUAUGGCCCUAUAUCUUUGUACU